GUCAACAAGGAUGUUGUGUUAAAUCAAGGGACUGUGUGUUGCCAUAGUUUACGGAGCAAUAUUUUUGUGUGAACCUAUACGCAGGUUGGCGACUCAAUGAAAGUAUAACCGUCUUUCUGGCUUCCAUGAUACGGUGACAUAAACAGGUUAAUGCAAACACCUAAUAUUCAUGUGGAUUUCACAAACCCUUGUGACCUGGAAGAAUGAGUCAUAAAUGGGCCCCAAAAACUUGGGACAAACUAAGCAGAGCACUUCAUUCGUCGCAAUCCCAAGCCCACAAGUCCGCAGCAUCACUUCCCUCGCCUGGCACCUCUCACUGCAGGGUCCAUGUACAGCAGCCUUAUUGCUACAGGGUUGGCUAUCUCAGCUGUAGGCACAUCCACCACCUGAGGAACACUGGGCGAAAGGGACGGCCCUGUAAAGCUAACCAGGUUAGACAGCGGCUUGGACUCCACAACAGCGCCUUCUUCUUGAACACUUCGACCUCCCGGUGGUCUGCUGGUCUGAGCCAACACAUGUCUCGGGUCAGGAACACACUGGACACAGUUUCCAAGGCCGUGAGCGGGACACACACAGAGCUGCUCUCCAAAAUUGCCAAACUCAAGCCUAAUGCUCUAAAAGGUGGGAGAAAGGGUGAAGCGAGUGUCGAGUCCACCCAAAAAGCAGAGGAGAGUGCAGUCUCACCUACUCCUGCGCCUACAGACGUGGCUCCCCAUUCAACAUCUAAUCCUCCUAAACCUAUAUGUGGCUCGUGUUCUAUUAAACCAUCUAUUCUUACGUCUGCUGCUACAUCUGAUGCAAAUGCCACUACCGCCACACAUUCUCACAAUCCUUCUCAAGCGACCGUCACUGCCACAAUUCUGGCUGUGGGGGGGGAACCUAAGGAGAAAAGGCUGAGACGUGUUGUUCCCGCCGUUAAAGCCAGUUCUGCCGGGAAGCAAAAGGAGCUGAAACCUUCACUGAGUGAUGAUCAGAGCAAGGGGAAAACUUCCCAACAAACCACAGCACUUUUCCAUCCCAGCACCUUUUCAGUGAGCCUGGAUGAGACCUACAACUAUCUGGCCCAUCACAUCAACUCCUACUUUGGCAGCAGCACAAACGUCAAGAAAGUGGACAAUGUUUACUCCUCCUCUGCUCCUUCUCAGGGCCCACAAACUAGUGACCUCAUGCCUGUACCUGGUAAAACAGUUUCUGCCGUUCCAGUUACCCUACCGUCCACGAAGAAGGGUUUAGGACACUACCUGUCCUACUCGGCACCCACGGUACAAGCCUUUGUAGGAAGCUACAUUACUCCCCUGGUUCCGAGGUUUAGGACAGCAAGUCCUAAAAGUGCUAUAGUGGAGGUAAAGAAGACUGAUGAUGCACCAGUCAAACCGAUUGAGGUCACCACUACUAAUGAGCUGAAAACUGCAGAGGAGAAGGCCAAGAAACUAAUACUUCAAAGAGAGAAGAUCAUUGCCAGGGUCAGUGUGGACAAUCGAACCCGGGGUUUGGUUCAGGCUCUCCACAGGGCAUCGGAUGUAAGAGUCUACAUCAACAGAGUAGAGGACCUCAGCUACCAUCUCCUGGAGUUUCCAGAAACCUGUGGUGUUGCAGUCAAGGAACAGGUCAUUCCUUGCCUGCUGCGUCUGAAACAGGCCAGCGACCCGGGCCUGAGGGCGGCAGUAAGAGAGGCCCUCGCUCUGGUGGGCUACCACAAACCUGUGAAAGGAAGGGGCUUCCGGAUACUGUCCAUAGAUGGAGGAGGGCUAAGGGGACUCGUUGCACUUCAGGCGUUACACAAGCUGGAAGCCCUGACCGGGAAACCUAUUUACAAACUGUUUGAUUAUAUCUGUGGUGUCAGCACAGGUGCUAUUUUAGGAUUCAUGCUAGGUGUGUUCCAAAUCCCUCUGAACGAGUGUGACGACCUUUACCGUAAGCUGGGUUCAGAUGUCUUCAAGCAGAACGUCAUCGUUGGUACUGUAAAGAUGGGAUGGAACCAUGCUUUCUACGACAGCGAAGCCUGGGAGAACAUCCUCAGAGAGAAAAUGGGCUCUCAGCUUCUGGUGGAAACUUCAAGGGACCCCGAAUGCCCCAAGGUGGCGGCGGUGAGCACCAUCGUGAACCGCGGCAGCCUCAAGGCCUACGUGUUCAGGAACUACAACCUGCUGCCCGGGAUGCGCUCGCCCUACCUGGGGGGUUCCCAGCACCAGCUGUGGCAGGCCAUCCGGGCCACGUCAGCAGCCCCGGGUUAUUUCCAGGAGUUCAAGUUGGGAAACGAUCUCCACCAGGACGGCGGCCUGCUGAUUAACAACCCCACGGCGCUGGCCAUCCACGAGUGCAAGUGCUUGUGGCCCGACACGCCCCUGGAGUGUGUGGUCUCGCUCGGUACGGGCCGCUUCGAGACUCCCGGCAACAACAACACCACCCACACCAGCCUCAAAACCAAACUCACCAACGUCAUCAGCAGCGCCACGGACACGGAGGAGGUCCACGCCAUGCUCGACGCCUUCCUCCCCCCCGACACGUAUUUCCGCUUCAACCCCUUCAUGAACGAGGACAUCUCCAUGGACGAGAGCCGCCACGAGAAGCUGAGCCUGCUGCAGGCGGACGGCCUCCGUUACCUGGAGAGGAACGAGGAGAAGCUGAAGAAGGUCGUCGGGCUCCUCACCCGAGAGAAAAGCUCGGUUCAGACGGUGACGGAGUGGGCCCGCCUCCGAGCCAACAUGUACAACUUCAACUCGUCCAAAAUCUAGGGCCAACACAAGCCACCGUUACCUCACACGGAAACUCUCCUCUUGCUCUAAAUAGCCUCGAAGAUGUCGUGUUAUCAUCGUUGGUGUGUCGUGGUUGUUGACCUCUUGACCUGUAGCUUUAAUAAAAAAACAACAACACAGAAGUAAGUAGUCUGUCCCCUGACGACAUUGUAGCUGUUGUAAAGGAAAUGUGUUAAAUGACAUGUAGAUUUGAGAACUCCUAAUAUAGGGAAUAUCUAUCUCUCUACCAGCUGGCCAAUGCAGCUCGUAACGUUAAAGGAGCAGUUCCACAUUUAAGAAAAUGUCUUUCUCGCAAACAAGAAGAUUGAAAAUUGAUACCACGUAACGAUGAGAGAACGGCACCAAUCUUCUCUUGCUUUUGUAGAGAUAGAAAGUAAACAUUUUUCCUAAAAUAGACACAAUAUUGUUAAGUUGUAUAGUGUAAUGGAUUGUUUUACCGAGUCUAUGUACCCUCUUUUCCCACUUUCACAUAAAAUGUGUCGAGGAGAUGUUUGUGUGUUGAAAUGCAGUAUUUGUUAAACUGAGUUGCAAAUCUGUGACGCAGGAAAAACACCACUAGUGUGCGUCCACAAAAACAACCAUUAAAUGGUUGUAUUUGAGCACUAAAUGCAAGUGACAAAUCUCAAAUGUAAUCACUAAAAUGUGCACUGUUUUCAUGGUAUACUAAUAAUAGUCACAAUUGCAGCAUAAAAGCUCCCCUUUAAUCAUUACAGUAUGCUAUAGUUCUAAAUGGAUGUUAUAUUUAAGAUUUUAAGAAGUGUACAUUGCAAAGAUUUACCUCAAUAUUUAUUUGUAUAAUAACUAAGGAUGAAUUAACAGCAUGUACAUGUAAAUGGAGCCAUGCUGGCAUAAGCAGGUAACUUCUAUUUGUUAUUUUAGCCUCACUAGUUCACUUGUUUUCAAUUUAUUUUAUCCUUAUCUGCUUGAUUGUUUGAUUUUUAUGGAUUUAGAAGUGCUAUAACGCAUGUUAAAAUCACCUGGGCCGAGGGACCGGAUUGAAACCGAUUGCUGCUUGAUUGAUGUACGGCUCAAAAAUGCACUUCAGACAUUCACGCCUAACCUGGUUCAGUACUGUAUAACCGAUACAGGUCGGUCACUCCCUGAGGUAAAGUGGACGCAGAUUUGACUCUGAUAUAAUUCCACUCUUCUGUUGAUUAUGUGUAGAGACUGAUUGUAGAGCGUAUGUAAUUAAAACCCAUGACUGAA